AUGAGCAAAUCCGACCACACUGCUAGAGAAGCCGUUCAUCUCCUGAAAGAUUCUGGAUUCACUGAAAACAAGCUUAAGAGUACCAUUCUUAGAAAUCCAUCUAUUCUUACACUGAGAGUGGAUAGCCAGUUGAAGCCCAAGAUGGAAUUCCUGAAAAAAAUAUGUUUGACUACUCUAGACAUAGCCGUUAUCGUAUUUCGCAGGCCCAGAUUGUUUAACAUGAGCUUAGAAAACUGUCUUGCCACUAGAAUUGUUUAUCUGGAAACCUUAUUUGCCUCAAAGGUGCAUUUAUGUAAGGCUUUGAGAAGGGCGCCUGUGCUUUUGGUCUGUAAUUUCAAGAAGCGGCAGGUACCUAGAGUGGAGUACUUGAAGAAUAGAGGCAUUCUAGAAGAUUCUCUAGGAUUUGGCCAAGCCCUCAAUUUGGUUCUUAAUCAUAGUUUUGAAACCCUGGAAAAGAAAACUAAACAUAUGGCGAGUCUUGGUCUGGCAGAUGAGGAAAUCAGUUAA